UAUGAAAAAAGAGGAACCAUGUUGACGAGAUCCAUGUUGACAUGUUCAAAAAUUCACAGUAGCAUUUUUUCGCUGGUCAACUGCAACAAAUUUCUUUUGUCAGGUGUCGUGAUUAAUUGCGAAAGCGUACAAGUCCGUAAUAAAUCUUUUAAGCGUUAUCUCGAUUAUUCGAACGUUCCUAAGCUGAACGAGGUCGAUCUUGAGGAGCAGUUCAUGCGAGGCAGUGGUCCGGGCGGCCAGGCGACGAACAAGACGAACAAUGCGGUCCAGUUGAAGCACAAGCCCACAGGGCUCGUCGUCAAGUGCCACGAGACGAGGAGCCAGUGGGACAACAGGCAACGUGCGCGCGAACUCCUGGUGACAAAGCUCGAUAACUUGCUGAACAAGGAACGUUCUAUCGAGGGCCAGAUACGCGUCCUCGAGGAAAAACAGCAGACGCGAAAAGACUGCAAGAGAAAGAAGCUAAACGAAAUGAAGAAAGCGUUUCGCGAACGCGAAGGCUUGACGUGACGCAACUUGUUUCAUAUAUAUUAUAAAUUUCCUCUAGGAUGUAAAGUGAUUUUAGUUUUAGGAAUAAAUAAAAUUUAUACAGAGAA